GCCAUGAAUGAUAUAAAUACUGUUAAACCCAAUGCUUGGACACCCGGCGUCAGGCGUGCCUUGGUUGUUGGAAUUGGACUUCAAGUUCUUCAGCAGGCCGCUGGCAUAAAUGGGUUUCUGUACUAUGGACCUCAAGUUCUUGAGAAGGCAGGAAUAGGCGCUCUUCUCGCCAAUUUGGGCUUUUCUGCAACAUCUGCCUCGUUACUUGUUAAUGUCGUCAUCACAUUCUGCAUGCUUCCUUGUAUAGGUAUUUCCAUGAAGCUCAUGGACAUUGCGGGCAGAAGGUCAAUAAUGCUGUACACAGUGCCCAUUCUGAUAGUGUGUCUGGUGGUCCUCGUGGUACGUGACUACAUGCGCCUAAGUUCUGUGGUGAACGCAGCGAUAACUGCUCUGAGUGUAAUAGUGUACGAGAGCGUAUUCUGCAUGGGAUUUGGAGUGAUUCCCAACAUCAUGUGUGCAGAAAUCUUCCCUACCAGUGUUCGAGGAAUCUGCAUUUCUAUAUGUUGUGUUUCGUUCUGGAUCUCAACCUUGAUCCUCACUUCUGUUUUCCCUUCGUUGCUUCAAUUGGUUGGUCUUUCUGGUGUGUUUGGAAUGUUUGUUGUUGGGUGCAUCGUGUCUUGGCUCUUUGUUUACUUCAAAGUCCCUGAAACUAAAGGCAUGCCUCUGGAAGUCAUCACUGAGUUCUUCGCCAUUGGUGCUAGCCCUAGUUCUGAUAUUUCUACUUUUGCUGGAACCGGAAACUGAACUCGUCCAGUUCAUCGUGUGAGUGUGUCGUUUGAUUGAGAAGAGUGAUGUACGUAAUCUUCUUUUCUUUCCGUAACUGUACAAGGCACAAUUGAUCUAUGUAUACAUAUAUGACUCGACAUCUGAUGAUGAAGUUUUUUGGAACAUUGGUA